AGUUGGUAUUCUUAUUCAAAUUGCAACGCAUCGCCACAGAAAUUGAAAACAAACAAAAACUCAAAAAUAAUCGCAGGCGAAAUUCGCGCAAUUCACACAUACAUAGAAAACGAGUGCUUCGAAUUUAAGGACUUCGACAGGAUUAAACGCCGUUAAAAAUAACUUCGGUCCAGCAAAAUGCUUAAACUGUCUUUGAUUCUCUCCACCAUCGUCGCCUUGGCCAGUGCACGUCCCGGUUACCUCCAUGGACAUUAUCCCCAUAUUGACUAUCCAUUGCUGCAUCAUCAUCACGAACCUCUGCAUUUGACCAAACUGGUGCAUAUACCAGCAGCCAUUUCACACCAGAGCUCUACGGUCAUACAUAGUGCGCCCAUAAUCAAGCCAGUUGUGGUGCCGGUGCUAAAGACCGUCGUGCAUCCCAUUAUAAAGACGUAUCAUCCAGCGCCCAUCAUAAAAGCCUACCAUCCAUAUCCGCUAGAUCCCUACCAUCAUCACUACGAUCAUCAUGAUUUCCAUCAUUACCAUUAAGCGAAAUACCACACAUCACACAUAAUCAAUAUGACAAAAUAGGAGGCUUCUAUGAAUAGGAAAUAGCUUAAACCGGAAUGUCGGAUGAUUGCGCACAAAUAAUAUGUUCGGGGAGUCUAGUAAAUACUAUAUAUGAGAAUCAAGAAACUUUCUCAGAGCCAGCUUUUUCUUGACUUACACUUUUCUCACUUUAUUCAACGGUACAAUAACACAAUUCCAUAACUUUUUAAAUCUCUAGAAAUAAAAAAAAAAUAAUAAAAAAAUUUGUACGAACUGCACGAACACAUACAAAGCGAAGAAGAUGUUGUACAUUAAAAAUAAA